UGAUUGUCCUGUAGUAUGUGGGUGUGUCACUACAUAUAAAUACCACGCGUAAGCUCAUCUUGACGUAGUCCGUGUCAGUGAACCUCAUCACCCGUCUGUCCUCUUAAUGUUAUUGGUCGUGGAAAUGAAGGACAUAUCUCUUCGUGGGACUCUCGCGCUCCUGCUGUUCUUCGCGUGUCUUUCACAACUCAUCUUCACUGCUGAUUGCAUUAGGGGAGCUAAAGAGAAGCGUAUGAGACAGGAGAGUCGAGGUGAUGAUAACAUUGCAGUUCUCAAAGGAAAAUUUACAAAGGACAAGGCGCGGUGUUCGUGGUUGGCGCGUGGAGAGGACAGCUACACCAUGACUGUUACAUGUAGACCUGGAAACAGUGAUGGAUUCACCUGUAAUUACACUGCCAAGCCCGCUGCAUGCACCGAAUAUGGAUCUAAUCCCGAUGGCUACUGGAAACAGAUCGCCAGAUCAAUUAAAAAGCAGAAGAAUCUUUGCGCGGAUUUUCGCGCAUUGAUCCGGGCGGGCAUGUGUAAGCGCGCGCCACUGGAUGCGCAUUUCAAACUCACCAGAACGUCACAAGCAAAACCGCAUAAGACAGGGAAGACACCGAUAACAACGAACACAACGCUUGCGGACAAUAAGCGCCAAUGCACGGAGCGCAUUGACCACAGUGAGAUCGCCAAAGAGAAGUGCGGAGAUUCCUGGGGAAAUCUCUGUAAAUUUCUCUUUACUAUGAUCCAGAGUGGAGACUGUUGAGAGCGCGCGCUUUUAUUGACGCUUGUUUGAACUUUUGUAUACAAUUGAUAUUCAAGUUUUUUUUUUUUUUUUU